UAUGCGCACUUACAGCCUACUCUAUUUAAUCUGAAAUACAUCGCAUUUUUUGUCAGACUUAAGGUUUCAGUUGUCGGGUGUGAACAUCAGACCGAGGACUGAACAUCGUAAAAAUGAGAUACUGUAAUGUUCUUGCAUUGGCUUUCAUCGUCCUUUUUGGGAUCAAAGCAGAUGCAAAAGUGCCCCCAGAAUGCUUGUGUAGCCUUCACGGUAUACUCGGCGGGACUAUGUACACGUCCUGUGAUGAGGCACAUAUCACCUUUUCAGGCUCGUGCACGUAUUCUCUGAUGAAGACAUGCAACGACACUUCUGACGACAUGAUCUACAAGCCACCUUUCAAAGUUGAAGUAAAGAACGAUUACAAAACCGAAAACGACAACCAAAACACCUUUGUUCGUGAAAUAAGCGUUUCAUUUCGUGACAACAGCAUAACAUUUGACUCCAAGGGGGGAUUUAUGGUUAACAACAACCAAGCGGCAACAGACUAUAUUGGAGACGGGUUUACUGUGACUCGUUUGGAACUGGCAGAAUUUGAUGUGAUAGAGCUCAAUACAGAUUUUAGUCUGAAAAUUCUUAUUCACACGAACAGUCCAACGCAUAGAAUUCGAGUCAAAGUGGGACGGUAAGUAAUAUAUAUAUAUAUAUAUAUAUAUAUAUAUAUA